AUGACUGGGAAUCUUGAUGAAGAGGACUGUACCCUACUCAUCCAUGAUAUUCUCAAAGGGAACAGUGCGACGUAUUUAUUCUAUGCAGAUCUAGGAGAACAAAAAAGUGCUUUCCUGGGGGAGAAUAUCAAACUCUUUGUGUCAGACCUAACCCAAAAGCCAGAGCUCCACAUCCCAGAGAUUCUUUUGGCUGAGAAACCUGUGACCUUGAACUGUACCCUGAAAGGCACCUGCAAAGAAAUCAAAGCUCUCUUUCACUCCCGGAAGAACCCAGCCGCCUCCAGCAGCUCCUCCUCGGUGCUGCACUUCAUCCUGAGGCCUGAGGACCAUGGCAACACCCUUGGAUGUCACUUGAACUUCUCCCUAGCCAACGUGACCAGAAGUAGCUUGGUCAAGCUCCAAGUGGUCUCACCUGCCAGGUUGUUCAAUUCCUCUUGUUCUUUGGAGAAGACAGUUCUGUGCAGCUGUUCCUUCCAUGGGAUCCCCACGCCCUCCGUGCAGUGGUGGAUGGGAGGUGUCCCUGUGGAUGUGAACAGCAUGGAUAACAUCCUCCAGGUGACUUCUUCCACACGUGUCCCCUGGGCCAACAGCACCAUCAACCUCAUCGGGGAGCCAGAAAUAGUCAUGAGACUUCGCUGUGAGGGGAAGAACCAAUAUGGAAUUCACACUUCCAGCUUCUUCCUGAUACCAAAUAAGAAAUCAGUUUCCAGUAUGUUCGUGAAAGGAUUAAUCCAGGGCAUUGUGUAUGGAGCCAUUGCAUUCUCAUUGCUCUUCUUCUGCCUCGUCCUCUUGUUAAUGAAGAUGCUUAACUGGUGGGAGGAACAUCAGAGUCCCAAGACCAAAGAAGGCCUGACCCUUAAGAAACCAGAGCUGCUGGAGGAACCAGAAGUACCCAGAAUGCCUGAAGCUGACAUCUCACCAGACCGGGCUGGAGGUAAGUCCCUGGGACAGUCACAGGCAGGUCAUCAGAUAACGGGGCCGCAGGCCAGGGUCUCCAAGCCCAUCCCCUGGCAGAACCACCGGGAGGCACUUGUUCUGGAUGGAGAGUCCCAGGCCCCCUCGCCCCCACACACCAGAUGCUACAUUUGCCAAAACAAAGUGCCACAGACUGGCUGGCUUGAACGGCAGAUAUUGAUUUUCUCCCCCUCUGGAGACUGGAACUCCCAGGUCAAGGUGCCAACAGCCAAGCUUCCUUCUGAGGCCUCUCUCCUUGGCGACACGCACAGUGGUGACAAUGUCCCUGAGUUUGACUUCAGUCCUGAUGCCCCACCUUUGAAGGGUCGUGGGGACCAGGAGGCUGACCAGGAAAAUUGUGGCAUCCCUCUGGGUGGGCUGAGGGGUGAGCGCAGCAGGGACCCAGCCGCUCCACAGAUAAAAGUAGAUUGGAAAGUGGAAUCAUCUCCCAAGAAGUGGAUAUUGGGCUGA